AUGCUUUACUUGCAUACGCUACUGCAUGUGGUAUCAGCAUCAGCUGUGAUAGCUGCUUUGACAGCUAUCGCUUCGACUGUCGCCAUGUUCUAUGAUAUCACCAGCUUCCAGGAUGAAAUCCGCAUGGAUCUGCUGCAGUUCAAGGAGAUGGCUGAUGAUGCGUGGGGCCAGAUGAUGAUGAACAAGGGCGACCGAUCCGUUUUCUACGAGAAUGUCAUUGUCAGAGCUAGAAGACAGAACAGUGAUCAAUGUCAAUGCGCACCAGUGCCUGCCGAUUGCCCUGCUGGUCCUCCUGGUCCACCUGGACUGAACGGAGAAGAUGGUGAACCCGGUGGUCCUGGUCAAGAUGGCAACCCCGGUCUGCCUGGACAAAGCUUCGCAGGGUCAGACAUGACAAAGGAGUGCAUUAAAUGCCCAGCUGGACCUCCUGGACCUCCAGGACAUGAUGGAGCAGGUGGACCUCCCGGACCAGCAGGUAAUCCAGGUGCUGAUGGAACUGGCGGAGGUGAUGGCCCAGCAGGACCACCUGGUCCUCCCGGAGCGCCAGGACAAGAUGGUCACCCAGGAGCACCUGGAACAGAUGGACAGGACGGUGCACCGGGACAACGGCAAACUAAUUCACCUGGGCCUGCAGGACCUCCUGGACCAGCUGGAGCUCCAGGACCUAAUGGACAGGAUGGUUCAAGCUCAGCUGGAGCACCUGGGCCUGCUGGUCCACCUGGUCCACCUGGUAAAGAUGGAGGAAACGGGCAACCUGGCACUCCUGGAUCAGCCGGAGCUCCAGGAGCUCCAGGACGUGAUGCUGCUUACUGUCCUUGUCCUCGCCGUACAUCAACCAUUCGUCGGUAA